CUCUUCAUUGUCUCUUUAUUUUUUUUUUCUUUCUAUUAUUUAUUCUUAUAAUGGUAAACACUGUAGAUACUAUUUCAAUUUGGAAGUCUCGUCUUCAAAACUUGACGGACUUACUAUUACCAACUGACUAUCCAAGACCAUUACCUCCACGUACAGUCGAAGAAGUUUUAUCUUUUGAUCUCCCAGAGCAAACACUCUUGAGUCUCGUUCAAGCAUCAAUGUAUGAUGUUCGUCCAACUCCAUUCUCUGUCAUUCUUGCUGCCUUUUCUGUUUUACUUCAACGCUAUACUGGUGAUGAAGAAUUCGCUAUUGGUACAUCCUCUCCUACUGGUAAUCCUCUACUGUUACGUCUACAUGUCGAUCCUUCAAACACAUUCCGUGGUAUCAUUGAUAUGGUGACAAAGGUAGAACAAGAGGCAUUAACUCAAGAGGUUCCCUUUGAUCAAUUAUGUGAUGCUGUUUACGAAGGCACAGAUCCCGAAAGCAGACGCCCUCUUUGUCGUGUGCGAUUUUAUAAUGAACUCGAUUCACCUUCUCAACAUCACCUUGCAACAACAUCCGCAAGCUCCGAUUUGACCAUCUUUAUCUCGUCACCUACAGCAUCCUCUUCCUUAAGAACCUCCUUCCUUCGUCCAGUAUCCAUUCGUAUUGUAUAUAAUCAAAUCCUUUUCUCACCUAAGCGUAUCGAAUACCUCUUUUCUCAAUUGACGACCGUCAUUGAUACAGGUGUCAAAUCCGCGGAACUCGCCGUUGGUCAGAUCCCUCUUUCUGACUCUGGUCUACCCAGUUCACCCUUACCUGACCCUACCGCUGACCUGCACUGGUCCCUCUGGAGAGGAGCUAUUCCUGAUAUCUUUAAUGAAAAUGCCAAGCUGCAUCCUACGAGAACAUGUAUUGUCGAAUCCAGAGAUGAUAAUACCACUGUCACAUACACUUAUGACCAAAUCAACCAAGCAUCCAACCUUGUCGCUCACUAUUUGCUGGCAAACAAUAUUCAGAGAGAGGAUGUCGUGAUUAUUUAUGCAUACAGAGGUGUGGAUCUUGUCGUAGCUAUCAUGGGUGUUCUCAAGGCAGGAGCUACUUUUAGUGUGAUUGACCCUGCAUAUCCACCUGCACGUCAAGAAAUCUAUCUUUCCGUAGCUAAACCCCGUGGUUUGAUUGUUCUUCAAGAAGCCGGACAGAUAGCCGAAUCAGUACGAGACUACAUCAAGCGCGAGCAAGACAUCAUCUGCGAGAUUUCUUCAUUAAAGAUCGGAAGCAACGGUCAACUCUCCGGUGGUGUGACAAGAGACGGAGCUGAUAUUUUUGACACCGUGCGAUCUCUUUCGGACGAGUAUCCCAACGUGGUGAUUGGCCCCGACAGCAUUGGUACUCUCAGUUUCACAAGCGGCAGUACAGGUAUCCCCAAGGGCGUUCGCGGUCGCCACUUUUCUCUAACUCACUUUUACCCCUGGAUGGCCGAGACGUUUGGUUUAUCAAGCCAGGACAAAUUUACAAUGCUCUCUGGUAUUGCUCAUGAUCCUAUCCAGCGUGACAUCUUUACGCCUCUCUUUUUGGGUGCCGAGUUGCAUAUCCCCACAUCCGAAGAUAUUGGUAUCCCCGGUCGUUUAGCUGAAUGGAUGAACCGUGCACAGGUCACAGUGACCCAUCUGACGCCCGCCAUGGGUCAACUCCUCUCUUCACAUGCUCAAGUCGAAAUUCCUUCAUUGAUCAAUGCCUUCUUUGUGGGCGACAUUCUCACCAAGCGUGACGCGGCUCGUAUUCAAAAGUACGCGCCCAAUGUGUCUGUGAUCAACAUGUAUGGUACGACCGAAACCCAACGUUCUGUCUCACACUUUGUCGUUCCCCCUCGAUCCAGUCAUCCUGCCUUCUUGAGCUCUCAAAAGGAAGUCAUCGCUGCCGGUAAGGGUAUGGUCAAUGUUCAACUCUUGGUCGUCAACCGCCAUGAUCGUACCAAGAUGUGCGGUGUUGGUGAGAUUGGUGAAAUCUAUGUACGUGCACCUGGAUUGGCCGAGGGAUACCUCAGAUUACCUGAAGCUACUGCUGAAAAGUUCAUUCCUAACUGGUUCGUUCCAAACGCUUGUGUGGACGAUGGUAAGGACGAGUCGACAGUGAAGGACGAUCGAUGGAAGCAAUUCUACCAGGGAAAGCGUGACCGUAUGUAUCGUUCAGGUGAUCUGGGCCGAUACCGUCCUGAUGGUAAUGUCGAAUGUACUGGCCGUGCUGAUGAUCAAGUCAAGAUCCGUGGCUUCCGUAUAGAACUGGGUGAGAUCGAUACACACCUCUCUCAACACCCCUUUGUUCGUGAAAACGUCACAUUGGUGCGUCGUGACAAGAAUGAAGAGCAGACGCUCGUGGCUUACUUUGUGCCUAACCCCACUGCAAAUACCGAUUUUGCAAGCGCUACUGAAGAUGACGAACAAGAUGAAAAGGAUAUCUUCUCGAGCCGUACCUUCCGUCGUCUCAUCAAGAACAUCCGUGAUUAUCUCAAGCAAAAGCUUCCUAGCUACGCUGUUCCUUCUGUCUUUGUGCCACUUAUUCGUAUGCCCUUGACGCCUAAUGGUAAGGUCGACAAGAACGCCUUGCCUUUCCCUGAUACAGCUCAAUUCAACAAGGCCAAACCAGUUGUUGCUUCAGAACUUCCCGAGAUGACACCUAACGAACGCAUCAUUCACGAUAUCUGGAAAGACCUGCUUCCUGCUGCUGAUCCAGUGAUUGGUCUGACGGAUAACUUUUUCGAUAUUGGUGGACACUCGCUGAUUGCCACACGUCUCAUAUUUGAGAUCCGUCAAAAGUUCCAGGUCGAAGCUCCCUUGGGUCUUGUGUUUGCCGAACCUACCAUUGCUGGCCUUGCUCGAGAAGUAACCAAGCUCCAAAGCGGCGAUCUGCUAUUAGAAAGUGAUGGCUUGACUCAACAAGAAGAACAAAAGAAGGAAGUAGUCGAUUAUGCAUCUGACGUGCCCACCCUUGCACAAGAGUUCCUUCAGCCAAGUUAUGAGGCUCUCCCUGUUGCUGACCAUUCACGUACAUACGUCUUGACUGGUGCCACUGGUUUCUUGGGUGCCUUUAUUCUCGAAAAAAUCCUGGGAUACGAUAAUACUCACAAAGUGUUCUGUAUUGUUCGUGCCAAGGAUAAUCAAAGCGCAUUUGAUCGAGUCAAGAAGGCUGCUGUUGAUCAUUUGGCCUGGAAGGAUAGCUGGCAAGACCGUGUUGAGGCGAUCUGUGGUGACCUCGCGAGCGAUCGUCUGGGCCUUUCUGAGGCUGAUUGGAACCGUAUGACAAAAGAAGCCGACGCUAUCAUCCAUAACGGUGCUCUCGUUCACUGGGUCUAUCCAUACCAACAGCUCCGUGCUCCCAACGUCCUUGGUACUCUCUGGGCCAUGCGCUUAGCUACUGAACACAAGUCCAAGUCUUUCCAUUUUGUCUCCUCUACUUCUGUCUUGGACACGCCUUACUACAUCAAUCAGGGCAACUAUGUGUUGGAAAGCGACGCGUUAGAAGGUGCACGCACAGGUUUAGACAGCGGAUACGGACAAAGCAAGUGGGUUGCUGAGAAACUGAUCAUGGAAGCCAGAAAGCGAGGUAUGCCCGCAACCAUCAUUCGCCCUGGUUAUAUCCUUGGUGAUUCUCGUACGGGCGUGACAAACACGGAUGAUUUCAUCUGGCGUCUACUCAAGGGAUGUGUCGAACUUGGCUACGUCCCUGCGAUUGCUAAUGAUGUCAACUGCUGCUCUGUCGAUUACGUUGCCUCUGUUGUCGCAGGUGCUGCUCGUCACGAUCAACAGUCAAUUCAGCGCGGUGUUCUUCAAGUGACCCAUCCUGCUGGCUUUACGUACAAUAAGAUGUUCCAAUCCUUACUGACCUAUGGAUACAAGGUGCAACAAACCGAAUAUAUCGAUUGGAGAAACAAGUUGAUGGAAUACACACUCAAGGCUCAGGACCAUUCCUUGUUCCCUCUCUUACACUUUGUCUUGGAUGAUUUACCUACCUCUACCAAGAGCGCUCCAUUGGACGAUCGAAACACACAGACUGUGUUGGCACUGGAUGGUGUUCAACUUCCCUUGAUGGGAGAUGAUCUCUUGGGUCUUUAUUAUGCUUACUUGGUCAAGGUCGGGUUCAUGCCACAGCCUACAUCCGGUCAUCGUGCGCUACCCGAAUUAAACAUUCAGGCGACCUUACUGCAACGUAGUGGCGCUAAACAUUAAAGAAAAAUUGUGUAAUAUAGUUGUAAAGAAUCAAUAAAAACCAUAUAGAAUAUAUAUAUAUAUAUA